CGGCACAAGGUUAACUGAUGUAAUUUCGCCCGAAGGGAAUAUAAUUUUGAUUUCCUUCCGCCACCUCCCUUACAAUAACGUGUCAGUAUAUGAACUCCCCUGAUUUAGUGUACAAAUCAAGUUCUUGGAAAGGAGAAGAAAAAAUUAAUAAGACCAUUUCACUACUUGGGGAAAGAAAAGAACGAACGUCGCCAUUUGUGAGAGGAUAUUGAGAUAGUGAAGGACGAAACUCGGAUUUUCUUCUCUCUCUUCGUUUUAUUUCCUUCGUAGUUGGCGGAAUGGAGGGGAUUAACCUGAAGGGAUUCGCCCAGGGCCUCACGGCGGAUUUGGAACCGCCUGUGAGGAAGCACCUGAAGAAUGUGUAUGCAACCUUCACACUGGCUACUUUGGCUGCUGCAGCAGGGGGAUACGUCCACCUGUUCAGCAGCAUUAUUGGAGCUGGUUUGCUGACAGGCAUUGCUGCCCUAGGCACUUUGAUUUGGUUGAUGAUGACCCCAUACAAUGGACAGAACCAACUUGCACGCCUGUCACUGUUUGGCUCCUUUGCCUUCUUCACUGGAGUUAAUUUAGGCCCUCUUCUUAGUAUGGCUAUUGUAGUGAACCCAGCUCUGAUCAUGCAAGCUCUUCUUGGCACAAGUGUUGUCUUUGCCUGCUUCUCACUGUCUGCAUUGUUUGCCCCUAGAGGAUAUUACCUAUUCCUAGGGGGAAUACUGUCCUCAGCAUUGUCAACUUUGUUCUGGCUUUCCAUGAUGAACCUCUUCUUUGGCUCGCGGCUAAUUUUCCAGGCAAAUAUCUACAUUGGACUGGCUGUGAUGUGUGGGUUCAUAGUCUAUGACACACAGGCUAUUGUGGAAAAGGCCAGGCAGGGUAGCAAAGAUUAUGUGAUGCACAGUGUAGAUCUCUUCAUAGACUUUGUUGCUGUGUUCAAGCGACUUCUCAUCAUUCUUACAGACAAGGAAGCUCAGAGCAAGAGGAAGAGGAGGGAUGAUAGGGGUUUCUUCUCUUCUUAGUCCUAUGUUGCAAAGGAUUUUUUUUUUUUUGUGUUUUGUCCUCCAGUAAACAUUUGUUUAGGUAUGGACCUCUUAUAAUUUAAUUUUUAGUUUAUCAUAGUUCUUUAUCAAAGAAGAUUACCUUGAUUUAUUUAGUAGUAGGGGAAGAGUUUAAACCUUAAGGGAAUUAUGAUUCAUGAAACAUUUAAUAAUAUGGCUUCAGUCUUCAGAGUAAAUAUACUGAGUUUUCCAGCUUGGAUUUUGUGUUUUGUUCAGCCAAAAAAGAAAAGUUUGAGUGUUAACAUUUUGCUGUUUUACAGUGAGGUCCAAGUUUAUGGAUAUUUCAGUAGGGUGUGAUAGAGAAAACCAUUUCUACUCAAGAACGUUCCUCCUCACAUUUGAAAAUAUGCAAUAUAAUCUAGGAUACAUUGUCAUACCGGUACUGAGGAAGGCCGUCGUGUAUAUGAAACUGAAGUGAUUGCAAGCUUUAGAUUUCUUAUGGAUAAUGAUUUUGGUGAGGUAAAGUUUUUUGCAUGGUUGCUGUUUUUACACACCAGUCUGAAAAAAAAAACAAGUGGGUUAAUUUUUGUUUCACAAGUUUCUUAGGCUAAACUUACUUCAGAAUUUUAUAUGAAAUAGGUUUUUCAAUGGAGAGUAUAGUUUUCACCAUUUUAUGAUUUUGUUGAACUUACUUGGCUUUUGCAUAACCUGAGGAGAUUUCCAUUUAUAGUUUAUAACUGGUGUCCUGUGUACCUGCUAAAUGCAAACUUUAAAGGUGAUUGAUUAUGGUUUGUUAAUAGUGUGUGUAAAUGGUACUUUCAUUAAAUUUCAGACUGUACAAUGGACUUAAUGUUGGAUAUUGGCAGCAAAUGAAUACUUAAAUAAGGUGAACUACAUAUGCUAAUGCAACUUCCAUGGUCAGUCUCCUUUCAUGUUAGUAUCCUAAUAAAAGUUAGUAAUGUACACUUUUGCAAAUAUACAGGUUUUGAUGUCAUGUGGCCAGAGCCGUUGUUUACAGAGUAAUUUUGGUUUUUUGUCUGACGGGGUUCUUAUAAUCCUAGAACUACAUUUUUUAAGAAUAUAAUUGUGUAUGGUCAGUUUCGGUCUUGGAAGUCUCAUGUGUGACUUUAUUUUUAAGAUACUCGGCAGUUUCCAUUCCAGCUAUUUUGAGGUAGUCCUUACCUGGAUCUGUGAUAACAGUACUGUAGUCUUCAGUUGUCAAACAAUAAGAUCUUAUUCAUAGGGAUUGGAAUUUUCUUCUUGUUCAGACUACUAUAUUUAAGUUCUAAAGAAUUUGGUUUAAAUGUCUUGAGAUCAUUCAAACUUGCAGAAGUGCUCAAGAGGUUCAGCUAAAUUUGUUGUCCUGAAUAAUCAUCAGAACCAUAAUUACCGGACUGUUCCACAGUGAAGUAGCUGAGAAUCCACUGAAAAAUCUGGAUGGUUCUAGAAGUAAGGAACCCUUUCAAUAUCCUCUGGGAAUGUUCAACUCUGAAAAUUAUUUCAAUUUGGCAUCUUGCAUUUAUGAUGGAUGAUAGGUUUUUCGUAAUUUGCAUCACUUUGUAUCUAAAGUUUUCCAUAUCAAAAGAGAGAGGCAGUGAUGUGGAAGGGAAUCAUUUUAAUUUACAUUGACUUCAGUUGAUUUAAUGUUAAUGCUGUAUUUCUGUAUCACUGUUAAGUCAUAUUUAUGUAAAUAAGGCACAAGAUCCACCAUAGAUACAAAAAAUUUUUACAAGCUGAAUCUGAAAUUGUAUAGAAAGGCCUAGAUGAGUGUUGAUAUGGUAAAUUGAUUUAAUAAAAUUUUAUAUGGAUUC